UUCAGUUGCAUAGAGAUUAUGUGAAUGCCGGUGAAAUAAAUUAAUUUAAACAAAAAGUAAAAAUGUUUAGCAAGUAUUUUCAUACUCUUCAAGGAGAUGUGAAGCGUCGGUAUUUAGAAAAAAUAAAGGAUAUUAACAAUUGUGAUCCUUAUGCGAUUAAAGAAAGUGAUUUGAGUGCUAACCUCAAAGAACUAGUGCCAAUUGAAGUGGUUGAUUUAUAUAGAUAUUUACUUUCAACACGUAGUUGCUACACUGAAGAUGAAGUAAAAGCUUUUAAAAGCUUGGAAGCUUUUAAAUUUCUUGUCGCUGGAUUUGUACAAAAGAUUCUUUUUAUAAAAAUAAACGACAAGUAUGUCGUGCGUGGUGAGGUAAAACAUUCCCAAAGAAUGAAUGCUUCCAAUUUGCAAGUAUGGAUAAAAAUUUUUUCUAGUGGAACAAUUUCGACUGCACAUUGUACCUGUAUGGCUGGACUGGGAGAGGUUUGCAGUCAUGUUGCAGCUAUUUUAUUUGCUCUAGAAUUAGGUCUGCUAACCGAUGAAACAUCUUGUACUGGUAAAUUGGCUUUAUGAAAAAUACCGAAAGUAACCAAAGUGGAACCAGCAAAAGUAGCAAACAUGAAUUGGGGAAAGAAUAUUAUUAAAAAAGGCUCUGAUAAAGAUGUUCCAAGAUUGCAAGGAGGAUCUCUCUACGACUUCCUAAAAAAGGUCGAAGAUGCAAACCCUACAUCUGCUCUUUUAAGUGUUAUAGGACCAUUUGCUUUUGCUCGAAAGAUUACACGUGAAGACAAGACGCCAUUAAUUUUACUAAAUUUAUACAAUGAAAGUUUUGAGAAAUUCAGUCUUGAAGAUUUGCAAAAUGUUGAUGUCGAUUUUGGAGUUACAAAUAAGAGCUAGAUUACAUCCAAAAAGAGACUGUUCUGCAGAAUAAAAACGAUAAGUGGUAUAAAGUAAAAUCUGGGAGAAUAACGGCCUCCAACAUCAAGGGCGUUUGCAGGACAUCACUCGACAAACCAUCUGUGUCAUUAAUUAAAUCAAUUUGUUAUCCGCAAAAGAUCUUGUUUCAACCAAAGCAAAUCAAAUACGGAAUCCAACACGAAGAAAUUGCUAUAUGUGAAUAUCAAGCUUUUUCAGUAAAAAAUCAUGAAAAUUUUCAAUUAGAAAAAACAGGAUUCAUAAUCUGUCUCGAGAAUCCACAGAUAGGAGCAACCCCUGAUGGACUUGUGUCAUGCGACUGCUGUGGUUCUGGUUGUCUGGAAAUAAAGUGUCCAUAUGUAUUAAAGGAUGGUAAUUUUGACGUUGAACAAUUUUGUGACAUGAAAGGUUCCUGUUUAUGCAAGGAUGAUGACUCGGAAUAUACGUUAAUUAAAACACAUAGCUAUUAUUACCAAAUCCAAUUACAAAUGUACGUUUCCAAAUUGCAUUACUGCGAUUUCGUCAUAUGGUGUAAGGGAUUUUUGUUUAUUAAAAGAAUUUUUAUCGAUCACGAUUUUUGUGAAGAUAUUGUUCAAAGAGCUGUUCAUUUUCAUAAAAUGGUCAUUAUGCCUGAAUUAUUGGGAAGGUGUUACACGCAGCAAAAUAAUCAUGCAUCUCAUAGCGAACCAUUGUGGUGCGAUUGUCAACAACCUCAACAAGAUGGUCAGGAAAUGUUAAGAUGUGCCAAUGCCGAUUGUCCUAUUCAAUGGUUUCAUUUGAAAUGCUUAAGUUUUGCUGCCGUCCCUACACUUUAUUGGUUUUGUAAGACAUGCAGUUCUACUCUUUUUGGAGUAAUAAAUUUGAAUGUGUUGUAGCAAUAAGGGUUUUAUCUUUAAAAAAAAUUAUACACUUUUUAUAAAAGUAAAUAAAAUAACAAAUUU